AUAACGAGGUGUAUAUCAAUCUCUCCGAUGGAAUAGAAGCAUUGGCCCGAUAUGCCACAAACCUUCGUCUUUUUGAACGGAAUAUUCAUCCGUCAGAAGUUAAUUCAAUAUGUUACUUCUUAGACAGGAUCGGACAAUCUUUGGAAACGUUGGAAAUAGAUUCCAACAUGGAUGGGCAUGACAUGUCAAGCUUGAUUGAAUGCAUUGGUAAAAAAUGCUCGAAUUUAUCUGUAUUAAAUAUUAGUAGUUUUGAAUUUAACCCCGGUGCCUUUGAAGUAUUAGUAAAAGGAUGUUCCUUAUUGCAUACAUUGGUUAUUUUCGAUUCGCAAUCAGUCAAUGACAGAAUAUUAGAGUUACUUGAUCAUGCUGUUGUGUUACAAUCAUUAGAGAUUGUGGGAUGUCCUAAUAUAUCAGUUGAAGCAAUUGAUCGAUUUCAAAGGGAAAGAGAAAUCGAA